ACAUCGACGAGCGAGAGUUUAACUAGCUAGCUUGAGAGGGAGGGAGACCGAAAGAAAAAAAAGAAAAAGGGACAGAGAAACAGAGGGAGGAAGCGAACAGUGAGGUUAGUUCGACCCGAGUGCUUUGCGAGGCAGCAGUUCACCAGGAGUGUUUCACCGCGACAAUUUCACGGACUGAGCCGUCCAAUCUAGAUAGCUUUCCUCCGAAUAACGCCUGCAACUGAAAAGCAGCCACCAUGUCGGACGCGGACAAGUUCCUGUAUGUGGACCGAAACCUGAUCAACAACCCCCUGGCGCAGGCCGACUGGGCCUCCAAGAAGCUGGUGUGGGUGCCGUCGGAGCGGCUGGGGUUCGAGCCGGGCUCGGUGAAGGAGGAGCGGGGGGACGAGUGCACCGUGGAGCUGGCCGACUCCGGCAAGAAGGUGAAGGUCAACAAGGACGACAUCCAGAAGAUGAACCCGCCCAAGUUCAGCAAGGUGGAGGACAUGGCCGAGCUCACCUGCCUGAACGAGGCGUCCGUGCUGCACAACCUGAAGGAGAGGUACUACUCCGGCCUCAUCUACACGUACUCAGGGCUCUUCUGCGUGGUGAUCAACCCGUACAAGAACCUGCCCAUCUACUCGGAGGAGAUCGUGGACAUGUACAAGGGCAAGAAGCGCCACGAGAUGCCCCCCCACAUCUACGCCAUCACCGACACCGCCUACCGCAGCAUGAUGCAGGACCGUGAGGACCAGUCCAUCCUCUGCACAGGGGAGUCUGGUGCAGGGAAGACGGAGAACACUAAGAAGGUGAUCCAGUAUUUGGCGCACGUGGCUUCAUCCCACAAGACCAAGAAAGACCAGACCCACGCAGUCCUGUCACAUGGGGAGCUGGAGAAGCAGCUGCUGCAGGCCAACCCCAUUCUGGAAGCCUUCGGUAACGCCAAGACGGUGAAGAACGACAACUCCUCCCGAUUCGGCAAAUUCAUCCGAAUCAACUUCGACGUCAACGGAUAUAUCGUGGGCGCCAACAUCGAGACCUACCUGCUGGAGAAGUCUCGCGCCAUUCGCCAGGCCAAAGAGGAGAGGACCUUCCACGUCUUCUACUACCUGAUGACCGGGGCCGGGGACCGCAUGCGCUCGGAACUGUGCCUGGAGGGCUACAACAACUACCGCUUCCUGUCCAAUGGAAACGUGACCAUCCCGGGCCAGCAGGACAAGGACAUGUUCGUGGAGACCAUGGAGGCCAUGAAGAUCAUGGGAAUUCCUGAGGAGGAGCAGAUCGGUUUGCUGAAGGUGGUCUCCGCUGUGCUCCAGCUGGGGAACAUGAGCUUCAAGAAGGAGCGUCACUCAGACCAGGCCUCCAUGCCCGACGACACAGCUGCCCAGAAGGUGUCCCACCUGAUGGGGAUGAACGUGACGGACUUCACGCGGGCCAUCCUGUCCCCCAGGAUCAAGGUGGGGCGGGACUACGUGCAGAAGGCGCAGACGCAGGAGCAGGCCGAGUUCGCGGUGGAGGCCCUGGCCAAGGCCACCUACGAGCGGAUGUUCCGCUGGCUGGUCAUGCGCAUCAACAAGGCGCUGGACAAGACCAAGCGCCAGGGCGCGUCCUUCAUCGGCAUCCUCGACAUCGCCGGCUUCGAGAUCUUCGAGCUGAACUCCUUCGAGCAGCUCUGCAUCAACUACACCAACGAGAAGCUGCAGCAGCUCUUCAACCACACCAUGUUCAUCCUGGAGCAGGAGGAGUACCAGCGGGAGGGCAUCGAGUGGAGCUUCAUUGACUUCGGCCUGGACCUGCAGCCCUGCAUCGAGCUCAUCGAGAAGCCUGCCAGCCCCCCUGGGAUCCUGGCCCUGCUGGAUGAGGAGUGCUGGUUCCCCAAGGCUACGGAUAAGUCCUUUGUGGAGAAGGUGGUGCAGGAGCUGGGCACUCACCCCAAGUUCCACAAGCCCAAGAAACUGAAGGACGAGGCGGACUUCUGCGUCAUGCACUACGCUGGCAAGGUGGACUACAAGGCUGACGAGUGGCUGAUGAAGAACAUGGACCCCCUGAACGACAACGUGGCCACGCUGCUGAACCAGUCCUCCGACAAGUUUGUGUCCGAGCUGUGGAAGGACGUGGACCGCAUCGUGGGUCUGGACAAGGUGGCGGGCAUGUCGGAGUCCAUCCCCGGGGCCUUUAAGACCCGCAAGGGCAUGUUCCGCACCGUGGGGCAGCUGUACAAGGAGCAGCUGGCCAAGCUCAUGGCCACCCUGCGCAACACCAACCCCAACUUCGUCCGCUGCAUCAUCCCCAACCACGAGAAGAAGGCUGGUAAGCUGGACCCGCACCUGGUCCUGGACCAGCUGAGGUGUAACGGUGUUCUGGAGGGGAUCCGUAUCUGCCGACAGGGCUUCCCCAACCGCAUCGUCUUCCAGGAGUUCCGCCAGAGGUAUGAGAUCCUCACUCCCAACUCCAUUCCCAAGGGUUUCAUGGAUGGGAAGCAGGCCUGCGUGCUCAUGAUCAAAGCCCUGGAACUGGACCCCAACCUGUACCGGAUCGGCCAGAGCAAAGUGUUCUUCCGGGCCGGGGUCCUGGCCCACCUGGAGGAGGAGCGGGACAUGAAGAUCACCGACGUCAUCAUCAGCUUCCAGGCCUGGUGCCGUGGUUACGUCGCCCGCAAGGCGUUCGCCAAGAGGCAGCAGCAGCUGACGGCCAUGAAAGUGAUCCAGAGGAACUGUGCCGCCUACCUGAAGCUCAGGAACUGGCAGUGGUGGAGACUCUUCACUAAGGUGGGAAAACCCAACACUGCCCCCAGAGUCUGCUCACAACAAGAUAUUGAGGGGUGGGAGGGAGGAGAGGAGUUCGCCGAGCAGCAGCUGCAGGAGAUGGAGACCAAGCAGCAGCAGCUGAACGCGGAGAAGAUGGCGCUGCAGGAGCAGCUACAGGCGGAGACGGAGCUGUGCGCCGAGGCGGAGGAGAUGCGCUCCCGCCUGGCCGCCAAGAAGCAGGAGCUGGAGGAGAUCCUGCACGACCUGGAGGCGCGCGUGGAGGAGGAGGAGGAGCGCGUCACGCACCUGCAGACCGAGAAGAAGAAGAUGCAGCAGAACAUCACGGACCUGGAGCAGCAGCUGGAUGAGGAAGAGGCCGCCAGGCAGAAGCUGCAGCUGGAGAAGGUCACCCUGGAGGCCAAGAUGAAGAAGAGCGAUGAGGACGUGAUGCUGCUGGAGGACCAGAACAACAAGCUGAACAAGGAGAAGAAGCUGAUGGAGGAGAGGAUCUCCGAGUUCACCACCAACCUGGCCGAGGAGGAGGAGAAGUCCAAGAGUCUGCAGAAGCUCAAGAACAAGCACGAGGCCAUGAUCACCGACCUGGAGGACCGUCUGCGGAGGGAGGAGAAGCAGCGGCAGGAGCUGGAGAAGAACAGGCGCAAGCUGGAGGGCGACUCCACCGAGCUGACCGACCAGAUCGCCGAGCUGCAGGCCCAGAUCGCCGAGCUCCGCGCCCAGCUGGCCAAGAAGGAGGAGGAGCUUCAGGCCGCUCUGGCCAGGAUCGAGGAGGAGGCGGCGCAGAAGAACCACGCCCAGAAGAAGAUCCGGGAGCUGGAGGCGCAGCUGUCGGAGCUGCAGGAGGACCUGGAGCUGGAGAGAGCCGCGCGGGCCAAGGCGGAGAAGCACCGCCGCGACCUGGGCGAGGAGCUGGAGGCGCUCAAGACCGAGCUGGAGGACACGCUGGACUCCACCGCCGCGCAGCAGGAGCUCAGGUCCAAGCGUGAGACGGAGGUGGCCCAUCUGAAGAAGACUCUGGAGGACGAAGCCCGCGUGCACGAGCAGCAGGUGGUGGAGAUGCGGCAGAAGCACAGCCAGGCCUUCGACGAGCUCAACGAGCAGCUGGAGCAGGCCAAGCGGAACAAGGUGUCUGUGGAAAAGGCCAAGCAGGCUCUGGAGAGCGAGCGCAACGAGCUGAGCAUCGAGCUGCAGGCGCUGAUGCAGGGGAAGACGGAGUCCGAGCACCGCAGGAAGAAGGCCGAGACGCAGGUGCAGGAGCUGCAGAUCAAGUUCAUCGAAAGCGAGAAGCAGCGCGCCGAGCAGGCCGAGAAGCUGUCCAAAAUGCAGGUGGAGCUGGACAACGUGAACGCCCUGCUGAGUGAUGUGGAGGGCAAGUCCAUCAAAGCCACCAAGGACUGCUCUGCAGUGGAGUCUGCGCUGCAGGACGUACAGGAGCUGCUGCAGGAGGAGACACGGCAGAAGCUGUCCUUCUCCACCCGCACCAGGCAGAUGGAGGAGGAGCAGAACAGGCUGAGGGAGCAGCUGGAGGAGGAGGAGGAGGCCAAGAGGGCCUUUGAGAAGCAGCUCUUCACCAUGCAGUCCCAGUUUGCAGACAUGAAGAAGAAGAUGGAGCAGGAGGCUGGCUGCGUGGAUGCUGCAGAGGAGGUCAAGAAGAGGGUGCAGAGGGACCUGGAGAGCACCGUCCAGCGUCUGGAGGAGAGGAACUCCGCCUACGACAAGAUGGAGAAGACCAAGAACCGGCUGCAGCAGGAGCUGGACGACCUGAUGGUGGACCAGGACCACCUGCGGCAGAUCGUCUCCAACCUGGAGAAGAAGCAGAAGAAGUUUGACCAGCUCCUGGCAGAGGAGAAGACCAUCUCCAGCCGCUAUGCGGAGGAGCGCGACCGCGCAGAGGCGGAGGCGCGGGAGAAGGAGACGCGGGCGCUGGCUCUGACCCGCGAGCUGGAGGCGCUGUCGGACCUGAAGGACGAGAUGGAGCGCGCCAACAAGCUGCUCCGGGCCGAGAUGGAGGACCUGGUCUCCUCCAAGGACGACGUGGGCAAGAGCGUAAGGGCUCCCGUUACUACUGACCACCGUGUGUCUGUGUGUCUAUCUGUGUCUGUGUGUGUGUCUGUCUGUGUGUCUGUGUGUGUGUGUGUGUUGCUGUUUUUCUCUCUCUCCCAUCUCGUCUGUCUUUCGCACUCUCUCUGUCUCUCCCCCUCUGUCUCUCUCUUCCUCCCUCCCUCUGUUCCUCCCUGGCUCCAGGUGCGAGAGAUGGAAAUGGAGCUGGAGGACGAGCGCAAGCAGCGCACCGUUGCCGUGGCAGCCCGUAAGAAGAUGGAGCUGGACCUGAAGGAGCUGGAGGCCGCCAUCGACAUGGCCAACAAGAACCGGGACGAGGCCCUCAAACAGCUGAAGAAACUCCAGGCCCAGAUGAAGGACCUGCUGAGGGAGCUGGACGACACUCGCAUCUCCCGAGAGGAGAUCCUGGCCCAGUCCAAGGAGAACGAGAAGAAGCUCAAGAGCAUGGAGGCCGACAUGAUCCAGAUGCAGGAGGAGCUGGCAGCUGCAGAGAGGGCGAAGAGACAGGCUCAGCAGGAGAGAGACGAGCUGCAGGAUGAGAUCAACAACCAGGGAGGCAAGAGCACCCUGGCCCAGGAGGAGAAGCGCAGGCUGGAGGGGCGCAUCGCUCAGCUGGAGGAGGAGCUGGAGGAGGAGCAGUGCAACUCCGAGCUGAUCAACGACCGUCUGAAGAGGGCCCAGCUCCAGAUUGACCAGAUCAACGUGGAGCUGACGGCGGAGCGCAGUACCUGUCAGCGCCUGGAGGGGGCGCGCUCGCAGAUGGACCGGCAGAACAAGGAGCUGAAGCUGAAGCUGCAGGAGCUGGAGGGGACCGUCAAGAGCAAGUACAAGGCCAGCAUCGGUGCCCUGGAGGCCAAGAUCGCCCAGCUGGAGGAGCAGCUGGACAUGGAGACCCGCGAGCGGCAGCAGGCCUCCAAGCUUGUGCGGCGCACGGAGAAGAGGCUGAAGGAGGUGGUGCUGCAGGUGGAUGACGAGAGAAGGAACACGGAGCAGUACAAGGACCAGGUGAGGCCAUUCUGCGCUGCUGGGGGAGUGCUGUGUGCCGGAGCUGGGGGGGGAGCGCUGUAUCUCUGGUCACAUGGUUCCUGUUUGUCCCUCUCCAGGCGCGAGAACUUACCGUUUCCCACGAGACGCCUGGUCAGCCGCGCAGGAGUCGAGAGCGACGAGGAGAGCGAGACCAAAAGCGAGGCUUCUGAACCCAAGCCCGAGUGAACCAUGUGCCACUAACCUCCACAGCGCCACCCUGGGGCUGGAGGAGUGAUCUGCAACUCUCACACUUAAGAUACACACGCGCACACACACACACACACACACACACAACCUGACCCAACACAAACAGACACACACAAAAAAAAUACCUGGUAACAAAUAAAAGCACUGUUGACAGAUAGGAACUAACACCAAGGCUCUUUGCUGUAACCGACCCAUAAUCGCAUUAAAUAUUGUACAUCACAAUAUUGCUUGUCGGUGCACAAGGGACAAUCCUUCUGGUGCAUUUGCCGAGGUCGAUAGACAAUCCUCAUACACGUCAGCACACGGUUUUCAGACAAUCAGCAGACACGCAUGAACAGGGGCCAAAUUACUCCGCUCUUCCUUCUCUGGAAUUUGAAUAUGAUGAUAUUUUUGUAAGGAAACAUUCCAAUUAUGUUGUCCAGUUUCUGGGUCUAUUUUUCUAACUGAAUGAAGAAAUGGAAGAAGGAAAAUUCUGGGGGUAGGAGGGAGGGUUGGGAAAAAGAACAUACAGGGGACCAAAGUAAUAUUGCAAUCUAGAGAUUUGUAUUUUAUUCUGAAGUUUUUAUAAUGGUUAAACUAUGGAAGUACUACAGGUUAAUGUACUCUUUGCUCUCUGUCUCUCUCUCUCUUUCUCUGCACUUGUGUUCGUAAAGACGCUGAAACUUCCUGUUAAAUUUAGCAGCGUCAGACUUCAGUACUUAGGGCUUGGUGAGAUGGUAGUUUAGCAUGUACUGUGCACGCGUUUCCAGUUCACACGCUCGGGCACGUUAGCAUUAACGGCAGCGGCAAACUUUUGGGCACCCUGCUGGUUAUUAAUGCAGGAGCACCUGUGGGUGGGGGUAGGUAAAUUUUGGGCACCCUGCUGGUUAUUAAUGCAGGUGCACCUGUGGGGCGGGGGUGGAAGGUGCUAAUUUUGGCAUUCCCCCACACGGGGGCUGCUGAUGAAUUAAAGAGAAAGUCCUAAAAGCGUGCUAAAAGUCCUAAAAGUAUGUCACAGGCUCUUAAAGUGUACACAGAGACCUGCUCAUACACCCAUAGCCUUAUAAACCACAGUUAAAUUCUACUGCUAAAGGUAUCUUUGGGGGUUUCUUUUUCUGUGUUUUUUUUUUUGGGGGGGGGGGGGGUGGGGUGUGUAGGGAGGGGAGGGGGAGGGCAGGGAGGUGGGUCCAUGUCAUUAAAUAUAUACUUGCGCCUUUAUUACUGUCAGCGUUUUGUUUUUUGUUUUGAUUGUAAUAUGCAAACGCAGGGCUUUUGGGAUGACGGGACGUCCCGUCUCACUGCACACACUGUAUUCUGAACACAGCUCAGCGGAACUUUGGCAGAGAGCCCCCUCCUCCCUCUGCGGUUAACUCCCCCCCCCCCAAACACCCCCCCCACCCCCAGAUCUGUACCUGCAUGUUGGUGAAAGCACCCUUCAGCUUUGCGGUUUCAUCCGACAUUUCAUCUCCUGAUGCUGCUCUUUUCCUCAAACUGUGGCCCCCUUUCCCUUCCUUAGUUUUCCUUUUUCCUAACCCCCCUCCCCCCCCCCAUCAAAAUGGGACCGUGGGGUGGGUGAGUCGCCAUUCCGAAAGUCUGGCUCGUGGGCCUUUUGAAAGGAGAGGGGGUUUGUUGCUGAACCGGAGGGGUUUGGUUUGGGGGGGACCCGUGAGCUGUGUCCAGUUUAGCUUUUCUUUUUUUUUUUCUUCCUUCUUUUUUCACUCACACUGCUGGGAAGUGAGAGACAUUAUCAUUAUCAAUGACGGAGGAAUUUAAUAAUGAAUCUCUCUCGCGGUUAACUCUCCUAAUCCUGAUUUUUGUACUGUUCAUUUUGCUCUGCUGCUCUGAAGAAGAAAAAAUGAAAUAUAUAUUAAAAAAAAGAUGAAUCUUGAAUUGUUGGUAUUAUUGCAAUAAAGAUGGCUUUCUCAACUGCUA